CACAUACAUACAUACACACACACACACACACACACACACACACACACACACACACACACACACACAGACAGAGAGAGAGAGAGACAGACAUUCAUUUACUCUAUCUGACACAGCUGCAUUUCAAAUUGAACAGGAAGUUACAUUUUGGCAUUCUUAAAUUUGAGUACACUGGUUGAAAAUAUACAUAGUUGCUGCCAAAAAAAAAAUAGAAUAACAAAUAAGGGAAGAGAAGUACAUUUUAAAAUACUUCAUCUGGCGUACCCUGCUAAACACUUUUUGUAGUGAUGUUCAUGAAGUACACACUUCUGUGGAGCAGAGAGGGAGGAUACUGUCCACUUAUUUUUUAACUGCAUUUAUAGUAACAUUUUUUGGAUAGAUUUGGAAGGCCUCAUUUGUAAAUAUUUAGACAUGAAAGUUUAUUUUUCUGAAAAAUAAAUAUAUCUGUAAACAAUUGUACAAAAUAGUAUGCAAAUAAAGAAUAAAAUCGUGUGUACAAUCAUAGCAGGCACAAAGCAAAUAAUACUAAACAUAUAUUAUAAUACUAAAUAAAACUUACAUCAGCUCUGAGUAUUAGUCUUUUUAUUAACUCAUUAAAGUCUUCAGGCAGUUUAUUCCAAAGAAUCUCAAAAGUUUUGUGCCAUUUAUUUGCCAUGUUGACCUGAGAUGACCAGAAAUAAAAAAAAAACAACCUGUUGUUAUUAAUGUGUUUGGAUAUAUAUCACAGAAUAAAACUAAUUUUGAUCUCUCUUUGAUAAACUGAAGAGGAUGAAAGCACAUCCAGUUAAAUUUGACGACGUGUUCUUACUUCACACGUAAUAAAAUAAUGCUGAUCUGAUGUUAAAACUCUGUUUGUCUGCCGAAGUGUCGUAGUUUUCUUCCCGUGUAUGAGGGCACUCAACGAUGUUACACCUGUGACUAGACUAAAAAUACUGCAUUAUCUUUUGAAACUGAUCAUUUUUUUAUCACGUGACAAGCAUCGCAAUUUACAGUAUUUGACUGUAUUAAUAAAGAAAAGUAAAUUGCUGUAAUAUGAUGUAAUAAAAGCUGCAAAUGUAUCCAAACGUCUCUGACUCGUCAUCAGAAUCUCUACAUCGACAGUCUCCAGUAAAGUUCAGCUCCAGCGUCAUGUCUACGACAGAGAACCAUGCUUCAUCGGUGCACACAAAAAGAGUCCACAGGAUGCUUGUGUCAGUUCUUAUUUUAAAAGUAGUUUAUUAUUCAAUCCCAAACAUGUAAAUCCAAACUUAUUUUGUUAUUUGCCUGAGUGUGCUAUUCAUAUUGAAGACAUUAGUCGGGCCUUUCCUAAAAAAACAUUUGGCUUCAGCUUUAUUCCUAAUACCUAUCUGCAAUGACACUUAUAUUCUCAAACUUAUAAGACUACAAUGAAGCUUUCUAAAUAACAAAUCAGAUCAGUGUGUGUGUGUGUGUGUGUGUGUUGUUUCUAAUUCCAUUCAUUGUUUUUUUUAGGAAAACCAGUUUAACUUGCUUUGUGAAAGAGUGAAAGAGAUUUCAGAUCUACUGUUCAACAUGAGAGUGCAGAGGAAAUAUCCUUUUUGUUUGUCUGUAGACAGUUGUGUUUCACUGUAUGUCGAAAUGCAGAGCAGAAAUCUUUAUGGAGAAGCAGAAGAAGACUGGUUGUAAAAUGAGUUUCUAUGAGGAGAGGAAAGAGGAGGAUGUUGAUCACACUCAGUACCUGAGAGAAGCAUCUCCAGAGCCCAGCUGUGUGUCAAUGAGGAGUGAUGGAUCCAUGCGAGAUCGCCCUAAAUUCAGUGAUGCACCAGUGACCUUUGAACCCAGAAAAAAGGAAAAGAAAGCAGCAUCUCCAGAGCCCAGCUGUGUGUCAAUGAGGAGUGAUGGAUCCAUGCGAGAUCGCCCUAAAUUCAGUGAUGGAUCAGUGCCCUUUAACCCCAGUCUUUGCUGUGUGGAUACAGUUGAUCAGCAGGAUUCUCUCCAACCAGUAGAUGAUGAAUUACAGAGAGUCAAAUACCAACACAAAACCAGCAUGAAGAAGAAGUAUGAGAGAUUAUUUGAGGGAAUCAAACUCCAGGAGAAUGAAAGCCUCUUGAACAGGAUCUACACGCAGCUCUACAUCAUAGAGGGAGCAAGAGAAGGAGUGAAUGAAGAACAUGAGGUUUUACAAAUGGAGAAAACAGCCAGAACAAUACACUCACGAGACACUCCGGUCUACUGCAACGACAUCUUCAAAGCCUCACCUACAAAAGGAUGUGAGGAAAAAGACCAGAUCAAGACUGUUGUUACUAAAGGCAUCGCUGGAAUUGGAAAAACCGUCUCUGCGCAGAAGUUCAUUCUGGACUGGGCUGAGGGAAAAGCCAAUCAUGACGUAGAUUUCAUGUUUGUGCUUCCAUUUCGAGAGUUGAACUUGAUCCAAGAUCAUCAGUACAGUCUUCACAGACUUCUGCUGGACUUUCAUCCUGAUCUUCAAGAUCUGGACUCAAAGAUUUAUGAGGAGUGUAAAGUUGUGUUCAUCUUUGAUGGUCUGGAUGAAAGCAGAAUCACACUGAGGUUUUCAGAUGAUCAGAAAGUUUGUGAUGUGACUGAGACUUCAUCAGUGAGUGUGUUGAUAUCAAACCUCAUGAAAGGAGAGCUGCUUCCCUCUGCUCUCAUCUGGAUCACCUCCAGACCAGCAGCAGCCAAUCAGAUCCCCUCAAAUUACAUCAACCGUCUGACAGAAAUUCAGGGAUUCACUGAGCCUCAGAAGGAGGAAUAUUUCAGGAAGAGAAUCAGCGACCAGCAUCAAGCCAGCAGAAUCAUCUCACACAUCAGAAGAGCAAGAAGCCUCCACAUCAUGUGCCACAUCCCCGUCUUCUGCUGGAUCUCAUCCACUGUGCUUCAGAAGCUCCUGGAAGAAGAUCUGAAAGCAGAAAUCCCCCAAACUCUGACUGAAAUGUACAUCCACUUCCUGCUGAUUCAGAUCAACAUGAGGAACCAGAAGUAUGAAGAGAAACAUCCAAAUAAACUCCUGAAGUCCAACAGAGGAGUGAUUGUGAAACUUGCUGAAGUGGCUUUUAAACAGCUGAUGAAGGGCAAUGUGAUGUUCUAUGAAGAGGACCUGAUUGAGAGCGGCAUAGAUGUCACUGAUGCUUCAGUGUAUUCUGGGAUUUGCACUGAGAUCUUUAAGGAGGAAUCUGUGAUUCAUCAGAGAAAAGUCUACAGCUUUAUUCAUCUCAGCGUUCAGGAGUUUCUUGCAGCUUUCUAUCUGUUUAACUGUCUUCUGACAAAGAAUAUGGAACUGUUGCAAAACGUUAAUUAUGAAAGAUACAGUUCUGAGGAAAACUCUUUGUAUGAUCUAUUAAGAUCGGCAGUAGAUAAAGCUCUUCAGAGUGAGAAUGGACACCUGGAUCUGUUCCUGCGGUUCCUGCUGGGCGUCUCACUGGAGUCCAAUCAGAGACUCUUACAGGAUCUACUGACACACACAGAGAACAGCUCAGAGACCAUCAGAGAAAUCACACAAUACAUUAAAGACAAGAUCAAGAAAAAAGACUAUAUCAUGAAAAUCUCCACUGAAAGAUCUAUCAAUCUGUUUCUCUGUCUGUUGGAGGUAAAAGAUCAGACUCUGUCCAGAGAGAUUCAGGAGUUUGUGAAAUCCAGUAAACACUCAGAGAAUGAGCUUACUCCUGCUCAGUGUUCAACAAUCGCCUACAUGCUUCAGAUGUCAGAGGAGCCACUGGAUGUACUGGAUCUCAUGAAAUACAACACAACAGAUGAGGGGAGAAGAAGACUGAUACCAGCUGUGAUUAUGUGUAGAAGAGCUCUACUUGCUGGAUGCUGCCCUUUUGAUCAGCACUGUGAAACUGUGUGUUCAGCUCUCCAAUCAUCAAACUCUCAUCUGAAUGAGCUGGACCUGUGUAUAAAUGACUUGAAGGAUUCAGGAGUGAAGCUGCUUUCUUAUGGACUGAAGAGUCCAAGCUGUCAGCUAGAGAAACUAAGGUUACGUGGGUGUAAUCUCACUGCUCAGUCUUGUGAGAGUUUAUCAUCAGUUUUACAAUCCUCCCAUUUGAGAGAACUGGACUUGAGUAAUAAUGACCUGUUGGAUUCAGGAGUGAAGCUUCUUUCUGAUGGAUUGAAGAGUCCACACUGUCAGAUGAAGAUACUAAGAUGUUCCAUAUGUAAUCUCACUGCUCAGUCUUGUGAGAGUUUGUCAUCAGUUUUACAAUCCCCAACCUCCGGUCUCAGAGAGCUGGACCUGAGUAACAAUGACCUGUGGGAUACAGGAGUGAAGCUUCUUUCUGAUGGACUGAAGAGUCCAAACUGUCAGCUGGAGACACUGAGAUUGUCAGGUUGUAUGGUGACAGAGAAAGGCUGUCAGUAUGUGUCUUCAGGUCUAAAUUCAAACCCCUCAUACCUGAAAGAGCUGGAUCUGAGCUACAAUUAUCCAGGAGAUUCAGGAGUCAAGCUGCUCUCUGAAAAACUGGAGGAUCCGAAAUGCAGACUGAACAAACUCAAUAUGGAUCAUGGAGGAGAAUGCAGAAUUACAGCAGGACUUAAGAAAUAUGCCUGUUUUCUCACACUGGAUCCAAACACAGCACACACUGAACUCAUUUUGUCUGAAGAGAACAGAGAGGUGACAAAUGUGGAGGAGAAUCAGCUGUAUCCUGAUCAUCCAGACAGAUUUGAUGAGUGUCAGCAGGUGUUGUGUAGUGAGAGUGUGUGUGGACGCUGUUACUGGGAGAUUGAAUGGAGUGGAGAUAGAGGUGUGUAUAUAUCAGUGUCAUAUAAGAGCAUCAGCAGGAAGGGAGAUAAUGAUGAAUGUGUGUUUGGAAAUAAUAAUCAGUCCUGGAGUUUGUUCUGCUCUCCCUCCAGUUACUCAUUCUUACAUAAUAACAUAGUGACUGAUCUCACUGUAGAGUCCAUCAGCCGUAGAGUAGGAGUGUAUGUGGAUCACGGAGCAGGAACUCUGUCCUUCUUCAGCGUCUCUGACACAAUGAACCUCAUCCACACAGUCCAGACCACAUUCACUCAGACGCUCUGUCCUGGGUUUUGGGUUUGGCCUGGAUCAGUCAAACUGUGCUGAUGAAUAGAGAUUGUAA